GGGGAAAGAAAAAUAACCGUUAGAACUCCCAAUCCAUCGGUACCGUUAAUCCUAUGCAGACUUUCGAGUGCUUGGAAUCAUUCAUAGCUUUUCCCACAGUAAAAAACGGGCCACCGACGACGACGUUAAACGGAUCAGCAGCGCACGUGAAAGCGCUAACAUCCGUGUCUAGAGCAAGCUAGCCGACCGUGGAUGUAUUUUUUUGCUGAGGGAGACUGCGGACAAGCUAGCUCCGGUUAUCGAUGUGUUCUGGUUUCUGAUUCAGACUUCGUCUUGUUGCAGUGACCCAAGACUCAGAAAAGGGGAAAACGGUUUAUCGACCUCCUCUGGACUGUAAUAUUUUGAAGCCACUAUUUCACGAGCAGCUUCGGAAAUACUGUGCUGCCUUUUGGACACUCGAGGUCAUUCUUUGUGGCCAAUGUUCCGGCCCUUGGCUCUGAAACGUCCCUAUGGAUGAGUUGCUGAUUGACCUGUGCUGACCCUAUCAGGAAAGCCCUGGAGAAAAAUGGAUUUAUCCCACUCUCCAUCUCCCUUCUCCUUUUCCAAUUGUAUGCUAAUGCCAGGGUUUUCCCUCAGACAGAGACUACACAGCACGUCCAUCAUUCAAUCUGCAGGAUUAGCAAAGAAGCAAUACGUGACAGCCUGUGGCUAGACAUCAUGUGCUCGCGUAAAUCUGUAUUGGGCUAGGACGCUUGCAUUUGGGACACUUCCUCCAUCCCAAUGGUGUGCAGUCAAAUUCUGCUCCCUCCAAAAACUUUUCUUCAUUGUAGCUGUUUCUACCAAUUAGGACUGCUGCCAGAGCAUUGUGGGAUUGUCAUCUCUGUCAGGCACAGGGACUGCUGGGUACAGAUGUUGCCCAAGACGGACAAAGACACUUGUUGUUUCCUUAAUAAGUGACUUCUUCUGACCUCUGGAAAGGGGCGGGCUUGUGCCCCAUGGCAUGGGUCAAGCUGUUCAGGAAGCCAGGGACCGGCAGUGUUGGCACAGGGGGACCUGGUGGGCCAGGCCUGGGGAAGUCUUAUCAGCCAGGCAGCAUGCUCUCGCUGGCCCUCACCAAAGGCCUCCUCAAUGAGCCAGGCCAGAACAGCUGCUUCCUAAACAGCGCCGUGCAGGUUCUGUGGCAGCUGGACAUCUUCAGGAGGAGUCUGAGGCAGCUGUCUGCCCACUUCUGCCUCGGCGACGCCUGCAUCUUCUGUGCUUUAAAGAGUAUCUUCAGUCAGUUCCAGCAGAGUCGGGAGCGGGCAUUGCCGUCGGACACCCUGCGGCACGCGCUGGCCGAGACCUUUAAGGAUGAACAGCGUUUCCAGCUGGGCCUCAUGGACGACGCUGCCGAAUGCUUCGAGAACAUCCUGGAGAGGAUCCACCUGCACUUGGUGUCCGACUCGGCAGCUGAAAUAUGCACCUCAAAGUCCUGCAUCACACAUCAGAAGUUUGCCAUGACUCUCUAUGAACAGUUUGUGUGCCGGAGUUGCGGAGCGUCGUCGGACCCUCUCCCCUUUACAGAGCUUGUGCACUACGUCUCCACCACGGCCCUCUGCCAACAAGUGGAGCGCGUGCUGGAGAGAACAGACAGGCUGAGGUCUGAUAUGUUUGGGGAACUGCUGCAGGCAGCAAACACCAUCGGAGACCUCCGCAACUGCCCUAGCAACUGUGGGCAGAGUAUUAAGAUCCGCCGUGUUCUGAUGAACUGCCCUGAGAUCGUCACCAUCGGCUUUGUGUGGGACGCAGAACAGUCUGACCUGACCGAAGACGUCAUCCGCUCACUCGGACCACACCUUAAUCUUUCAGGGCUCUUCUACCGAGUCACUGAUGAAAAUGCCAAAAAAAGAGAUCUUCACCUGGUGGGCAUGAUCUGCUACUCCAGCCGCCAUUACCUAGCCUUCGCCUAUCACAGCAAGUCUUCCAAAUGGGUCUUUUUCGAUGAUGCCACAGUAAAAGAGAUUGGUUCCAAAUGGAAAGACGUAGCAUCCAAAUGUAUCCGGGGUCAUUUCCAACCGCUGCUUCUGUUCUAUGCCAACCCGGAUGGUACUGCUGUAUCCAAUGAGGAUGCCCCCCGACAAACCACCAUGUGGUCCCAAUACAAGUCUCCCCUCAAUGGGGAGGGCACAGUAGCCGACGUUCCGCUCUCAGGGUCAAAGAAACUUGACGGAGUGAGAGAGCCUGCUGGCUCCCUGCGGACCAAUCAGGGAUCUCAUAAACAACCACUACAAUCAGCCAAUCGGCUUAAAGUGCUUCCUGAAAGCCCAGGCAGACUGAGAGAGUCUUCCAGAGAGUCUUCACAGGGAGGAGGAGAGAGACAGAGGAGGGAGAGUGAACGAGGUCAUCGCAGACCAGACUCCUUCCAACACAAAGAUAUGUCGUAUCCCAGAUCGUCCUCUCCCACUGAGAAUGGCCUGCGCUCUCACUCAGACCAGAGGCACCGCGCCACUCCCUCUCGCCCAUCUCGCCCAGAUCGCUCCUCCCUCCACCCGCGCGGGUCACCCCAGGAGUCCCGCUCCCACCCAGAUGCUUCAGGCCGCCGACAUGAUUCCUCAUCUUCUAGCCAAUAUGAGACAGCCGAUGCCUCCGACCGUGCAAGGUCCAAGCCGUCAUGGCGUCCCGUGCGGGAAGUCCUGAACGUGGACAGGGUGCUGAACGAGCUAGAGCGCCGACAGCAACAACAACAGCAGCAACAGCAUGGAAGCCCACGCUGCAACCGCAGCCGGCGCCUCGGACAGGAGAGGGCGCUGCCAGAGCGCAAGCAGAAAGGCCUGAUGACAAUCUAUGAGGACGAGUCACGGCUAGAGACAGAGAGCCGCAGUUCGCAGGAGUCCCAGCGCAGGGCCACACCGAGCAGCUCCACACCACGGCCCAAAGGUGGAGCCAACGCAGGGCUUAGGGGUGACAAUUGGACGAUCCAGAGAACGGAGUCAGGCUACGAGAGCAGCGAUAGGCUGAGCAGUGGAUCCACCAAUCCUGACUCGCCAGGCGUGGAGAACUUUGCAGGCAAGGAGCUCCGAGUGACUCCAGAGGCUCAGCAGCUCAGGGGUCAAGUUCAUCACACCCGCGGUGAGUCAAAAACCGAGGCAGUGCGCUCUCCGUUGUGCCACAGUAAACAUUUGUUAAAGGUCCAGGGAAGAAACUCUGACCAUCUCAUAAAGGGCAGCCCAAGUUCAAGGCGGAAGCAGAGAUACUCCUCCUGUGGCUCACGUAAAGGAAGCGGCUUGGAGCGGGACCCCACUGCUCCGGAGCAGCAGGAGGUGCCAUUUCGGGCUCCCGAGAGUCCGGCUGUUCGGCGGGUGGCCAGGCUGAGUAGCUCAGAGUGCAACAGCUCGGACGAGACCACCAAUCCUCCAUCCGAGCAGGAGGACAGCGCCUACCGCUCCAGUACCAGCGAGACAGCCCUGCCUGAAUCACCCCGCCCGGGACGUCCCGCUCGAGACGAGUCGCCUCUGGCUGCGCGCCCCAAACAAGGCAGAACGCCACCCUUUCGCCCACGCCUCCUGCAGGAGCCCUCACAGACAAGCCCGCGACCGGCCAACCACCGACGUUUAGACCCCUGGCAGGCCUCAUCUGACGUUAGCUCUAAGUCUGGCUCAGACCAGGAGCGGGGUGAGGCAGGGCCGAGCGAGCUGCUGGAAGACAGGCCUCGAGGCUCGGACCGUGCCUGUGCCUCCAUCUCCAGCUCUGUCCCUCAGGGACCUGGAGUGGCACUCACUACAUACUUCAACGUGGACAACUGCAUGACGGACACGUACAGACUGAAGUACCACCACCAGAGGCCUCUAGUGCUGGUCGUGCCUGAGCAAAGGGGAGGGGGCAGGGGGGCGGAUCACCGCGAAACCAGUCAUUCUGCCCACACAGAUGGCUUGCCUGCCUCGGAGCAUGGCAAGAGCAGGCCCGAGCCAGGCUCUAGCAGCAAUAAGUCUACUGCAAAGUGGCACCCAGUAACUCCAAAGGGACUUGACGAGCAUGGGUAUUUGUGAAGGUCCUUGGUGUACUGUUGGAAAAUAUGCAGUUCGAAGCUGAGGCCAAAGAAUCAUGGAAAAGAAUGAAUUGUUACGUAAUUCACUUUUGGACCCCUGAUGCCAAAAGAAAAGACGUAUUUUGCGAACGCACAUGUUGCAGAGGAGAUUUAGUGGUUCGGCCCAAGUGCAGGUGCGUUAUCUUCAACAGGCGCUUACAUGAGGGCAGUAUGCACUUUGGCUCAUAGUGAUCACAUGCAAACCAUGGCUGGCCAUUUCUAUGCUUUAAUUGAAUUUCAACAGGUAAAAUUUGGAGGAAAAGAAAGAAUCAAAGCUUAUUUGCGUUGUCAAAGCCAGAAUGGUGAUUGUUUUUCUUUAGCGAUAAUUUUAUCGCAGAAUGGAACUUUGUACGUCUACAUAGGUUGUUUAUGGAGUGCCUUCUCGCCAGUUGUCAUGCAGAAUAUUGGCAUGACAAUUCAUACGAUACGUAUAUUGUACAAUGAUGUCCUCUAUCUAUUUUUGGAGAUGUCUAUGCAUUUAUUUUUAUUCUUUGUUUAAUAAAUUUUAUUUGAAUGCUCA